UUGAACGAACAUGAAGCCUUCGAGCCAAAGACUCCCGUCAGUGCUUCACAUCAGCCUGGGCCAAUUGACACAAUGUCCAUCGUCUCAUUAGCAAGCGAUGACUCACUGUCUGUUCUCAACGAAGAAGAACUACACCGUCUCGCCGCCGAGCUCGGCUUCGCCAUAUCUGACCCUCACGAUGCGCAGUCUUAUCUUCUCUUACUCAAGUCUUUCGAGGCCGUCAUGCUUCAAGUAGACACCGGGGAUGACUAUGUCCAUCCUGCUCUGUCCCCCGUGCCUACCACGAAACCUAGAUCAUUCUGGAAGCCGGAUGCCAAAAACAAUCCCUUGAACGCCUGGAGCCACCGUUGCGAUAUCGCAGCCGCCCAGCCGACCAACAAUGUGUGCGUCGGCGGCCUGCCCACCACGCUGGGCACGCAUCCCGAAAUCCUGUCCAGGGACGGUCCUCUUCCUCUCUCGCCUAUUGACGCAACCGUCGUGUCGCGCUUGCUUCACGCGGGUGCCCUGAUCAAGGGCUCCUCAACAUGCGAAAACUUCUGCGCUUCCCCCUUGGCGUGUACAUCGGUCACCGGACCGGUGCAUCACCCGCUGCUGCACGGGUACACAACCGGCGGCAGCAGCAGCGGCUCAUGCGCCCUCGUCUCCUCAGACGCUCUGCACCGGUCAGGAAAGGGCGCCUUCGGGGAGACGGCAGAGCUGGCGAUUGGUGGCGACCAGGCGGGCUCUAUCCGCAUCCCGGCAUGCUACACGGGCAUCUACGGGCUGAAGCCAACGUUUGGGUUGGUUCCGUACACAGGUGCUGCUUCCAUGACGCCAAUGAUUGAUCAUUUAGGGCCAAUUGCGUCAAGUAUAGAAGAUAUCGCUAUGCUACUAAAAGUCAUGGCUGGAUGGGAUGGCAUCGAUCCCCGGAUGACACCCGAGACGCCUCUCGUGGCCAAUGUCAAGGACUAUCCCGCCCUGGUCGACGAGUACCGCCAGACAACUUCCGAACCUGGACAACCUGUCUUGAGGAUAGGAUUACUGAACGAGUCUUUCGGCGUGACGGGUCUGUCGCAGCAAGUGUGCGAGCUAGUGCGCAAGGUAGCGAAAGAAGGCUUUGAAGCCGCCGGAGCUACGGUCGUCGACAUUUCGGUCCCCAUGCAUUCCGAGGGCCCCAUCAUCUGGACGGCUGCCACCCGUCCAUCCAUGGCUUUGGGUCUCCUACAUGGGAAACCAUCAGGCCACCUAUCAUACCUAUCACCUCACACCAAGACACAAUGGCGUUCGAGCCAGGACGCUUACCAGCUUCUAACCCAGUCCAAUCCCGCCGUUGUCAACAUUCUCCUCAGCCAGGUCUUCGACAAAUCCCACUUGGACGCCUCCAUCGAAGCCAAAGCCCACCGGAAAGUCUUCGAGUUGCGCGCCGCCUACGACGUGGCCCUCGCGCAGGUCGACGUGUUGGUCACGCCAUGCGCGCCGACCGUCUCCAUGCCUCAUCCCGACCCAGGUGCGUCGAUAAUGGAGAGGCUAAAACCUGCCAUCGGAUUAACAAGCAACACAUGCCCUUUUAAUAUUACGGGACAUCCGGCGAUGAGCGUACCGUGUGGAGAGUUGCCGCUGACGGAGAGGCCUCAUGUGAAGAUGCCCGUGGGAAUGCAGGUCAUUGGUAGGAGGUGGGAGGAUGAGACAGUAAUGAGAGCGGCGAUAGGACAGAAGAGGCUUGCGCGUGCUCAAGGCUGAGCUUCUGUAGGACAUAAACGAAAACUUUGUACCGGACUAUGC